AGUCGCGAAGGAAACAACCGAUCCCACUCCCUGGAUCAUGGAGAAAAACUCCAUCUCCCUUCCAAAAUCCAGACAGCGGCGAUGGAGAAUGUGGUAUCCGGAUUCUGCCACAGGCCAAUUACGACACCCAACCAAACAAAGCGGGGUGGAAUUUACUCGCAACUCCACGACUUGACGCCAUUCAUUAUUUCACAGUCGACUAUUAAUAACUACAAGGGUAUUAUCGACUGGCAAUCGACUCUGCUCAUUCUCUGGGCCUGAGGGCUCUUGCAACGUUACUAACAUGGCAACAAAGCCUAAUCCGAGUGCUAAGGCCUCAACAUCAGCUCUACAAUCCUCCAUCCGUGAACUAUGUAUCGGAGGCAAAGGCCCGAUCCGGGACAUCGCCCGUCCCUCAAUACCUACCUCGGUGCCAAAGAAGAAGAAAGCUCCUGUCGUAGCCGACUCCUGGGAAGAUGAGAUGAUAGACUCCUCCGCAUCCGACUCAGAACCUCCACAGUCCCAUCAAGACAAUUCCUCGGAUAUGCUAUCGAUGUCCGCCCUAGUUGGGGCAGAGGGACCUCUCGACCCCCCACCUACCCCGAUCUCUCCACAGACCUCUCACACAUGGGCUGCUAAUACGCCGGCGUACACUAGCACCGGUCCAGUCCCGUCUUCGCAGGAUUCGUCAAACUUCCGGUCUUCUGCUUCGGCUCGUCGACCGGAGAAGCAGACCGCCGUUGCGAACAGGAUGAUUGCGGGGGCCUUGGGUCUUAGAGCUCCAAAGAGGACAGAGGAACAGCGGGCGUAUGACCGGGCCGUGAAAGAGCAGGAAAUUAGGCGGCGUAAUAAAGAGAAGGAGGAGGCAGCUAGAGCCAAGGAAGAAGAGGAGAAAGCCAAGGCUGCUGUUUGGGAUGACUGAAUCCUUUUCUUUCUUUCUUUUUUUCUUUUUUCUGUUCGUUUCUAUCUUUUUCCUCGUGGUACAUUUCCUCUUCAUUGUUUCGAAGGGGAGUUUAAUGACGGAGUUGUGUUGCGGUAUGUCUGUAUUGUUUGUUAUACGAGUAUGGGAUAAUUCCGGGGUGCCACAGGGGAUUUCUUGUCUUUUUUUAGGCUCCUCUUGUAAGACGCAAGAGAGAUACUAAAAGAUUAUACAUCGGCGUUGUGGGCUAUUGCCAUCGAUAGAGAACCGGCCAAUGGAUAAUAUAAUAUGGCUCUAGAGUCCUAAGAGUCUUCAGGUAGCC